CUAAAGCUUGGUUCACGUGACUGGACGUUCCCUCCUGGUAUUAAGGACAUGAAAGGGAGCGAUACUGUCCGACUCCUGCAACCUGCUCCGAAAACAGGACCAAGAAUAUGAAAAAAGAUUAAAUAACCGCCAUAUAAAAGGGGACCGAAUAAGAGGAAAAGGAAGGUCGAUCUUUACUUUUCGGGGUUGUUGUUGCACUGCCUGGACAGCUGCUUUGGACAAGCGGUGUGUGCUAUCCGUUAAACUGAACUCUGGACUUGAAACAUGACUCGAACAUGUCCAUUCCUUGUCGGGAUCGCCUGCUUUGCGAUUCUUGGUUGUGUGACUGUAGUCCAGUCUCAGGUCACUCUGGAGGUGACCGAGGGAAACUCCACCUGUAUAAAAGCCGAACUCUCCGCCUCUUUCUCCAUCACCUAUGACACAGCCAACGGCACGCGUACGGUGCUGGUGCCCCUCCCAGGUUCGGCGGUGGUGGGUGUGGCCAGCUCGUGUGGGGGUGACGGCCGCUCCCCCUCGCUCGUGGCGCUGUUCGGGGAUGGCCACGCCCUGGGCCUCAGCUUCUCAUCCAAUGUCAGUCUGUACAGCGUCGCUAACCUUACCCUGCAGUACAACCUCAGUGAUGUCUCUACCUUCCCAGAGGCCAACAGCACUGAUGUGGUAACUGUGGAGACGACCUCUGUAGGGAUGGUUGCUAGGGUCAACACCACCUACAGAUGUAUCAGCGCCUCCCCUGUCAUUGUGGGAGGAGCCACCGUCACCUUCUCAAACGUCACGAUGGAGGCCUACAUGACAGGGGACGAUCUGAGCCCCAACGAGAGUGUGUGUACUGCUGACCAGAGCUUCACCACAGCCCCGCCUCCAUCCCCCUCCACAGCCCCGCCUCCACCCCCCUCCACCACUACAGCAACCCCCGCCCCCGUCCCCACCCCCCCUGGAACCCCUAACCAGGGCAGCUACUCUGUCUCCAAUAGCAACGGGACCGUCUGUCUGCUGGCCCGCAUGGCACUACAACUCAACAUCUCCCACUUCUCUGCCGCACAGAAUAAGACUAUCCAGGAAGUAGUAAACCUGCUGCCCAAUCAGACGACCAGCUCAGGAUCAUGUGACCCCACCAGCGCCACCCUGGUGCUGACGCAAGGCAGUGCCACCAACCUCAGCUUCCUGUUUACUCUGAACACCACGUCUACCAGGUACCAGCUGACUGGUCUGUCUGUGGUAGCAGCUUGGUCUGAUAUGACAGCCCCGUUCAACACCAGUAACAGUAGUCUGGACUACCUGCGUGGCUCCCUGGGGCGUAGCUACAUGUGUAGUUCAGAACAGACUCUGGCUGUAGACCAGAACUUUUCCCUCAACACCUUCCACCUGCAGGUCCAGCCCUUCGGCAUCACCAGAGGACAGUUUGCACAAGCGGAGGAGUGUCAGUUGGAUCAGGACAGCAUGUUGAUUCCCAUCGUCGUGGGAGCUGCUCUGGCCGGCCUGGUUCUCAUCGUUCUCAUCGCUUACCUCAUCGGCAGGAAGAGGAGCCAUGCUGGAUACCAGACCAUCUGAGAACACUGACACACAACCUUAUGUGUAUCAAACAGCACCCUAUUCCCUAUAUAGUGCACUGCUUUUGACCAGAGGUCUAUGUGGAUUCUGGUCAAACUUAGUGCACAAUAUAGGGAGUCUUUUCAGGCAGACUGCAGAGAGCCGGACGCUCAACCAACCACUGCUACUAAUGACUGACUGGACCAUGUACAAACCAGGCCCUGUCUGCAGUGUGUCUGUGUCUGUCUGUGUGUCUGUCUGUGUGUUGUUAUUCACAGCAACUCAUCCUCUGCUACCUACUAACAGACUAGUGCCUGGUGAAACCUACCUUCCCCCUCGUCUCUCUGUCUCUAGCCCAUCUCUACUGCAGCUGGCUCAGUAUACCCUUUUAGUUCUGAUUUCAUUUCAUGUUUGACUUGGGUGGAUUUUCGCUUUAAACGGAAUUUCAAAGAUUUUUUUUUUUUUUUUUCAAUUGCAGUUUUUUUGUAUAAAUGAAAUGAAUCCGAUAUUAAAUGAUAUAGUAUUCUACUCUUAUGGAAGAGUGGGUCUUUCCUAGAAGCACGUUUUGUGAUGGACUCAACAAGCUUCCCUUCCUUCCUCAUCUCCUUUCCUUCAGGACCGCCAUCUUUUCUAUGACAUCACCUUAGGGAGGUCUGAAGACUCCUGUGAGGGAACAAAAGGGAAACUUGAAUGUCUAACACCUCCUCUCUGGUCAGAAAUACUGAGUGGAUUAUGUUGUAGGUCACAGGAGUAUUUGAAAGGCCUUGUGGGGGAGGGGGGAAUUAUGUGUUUUGUGGUUUUACUGCGUUUCAUAACAAAAGGUUGUGGACGCUGUCGGACUGAGGAACAGAACAAGGUUAAGGUUGUUUCAUGAUGGAUGUGUUGAACUGGUGUGUAAUAUCAUUUAGCUCCUCCCCUUGACCUGGUGUGUAAUAGUUUAGCUCCUCCCCUCUCCUCCCAUGAGAUUGUUGACCUGGUGUGUAAUAUUGUUUAGCUCCUCCCCUCUCCUCCCAUGAGAUUGUUGACCUGGUGUGUAAUAUCGUUUAGCUCCUCCCCUCUCCUCCCAUGAGAUCGUUUAGCUCCUCCCCUCUCCUCCCAUGAGAUCGUUUAGCUCCUCCCCUCUCCUCCCAUGAGAUCGUUUAGCUCCUCCCCUCUCCUCCCAUGAGAUCGUUUAGCUCCUCCCCUCUCCUCCCAUGAGAUCGUUUAGCUCCUCCCCUCUCCUCCCAUGAGAUUGUUUAUCCAUUGUAGCAAGUUUAUCUUUAUUUUUGUAGCGAAUGUUUUGAUCAUUUUUCUAUUAUGCGUCUUGCUAAGGUCAAUAAAAUACAUCUGAAACA